UUGACCCUAAUUGUGCAAUGUGCAAUAAUAAUAAUUAUUAAUUAUAGUCAUUCUUAUUAAUCUCGACGUUUUUACUUUCUCUAGAUUUUUGUUGGCAUUAAAGAAAAAUACAUUUAUGUAUUUGUAUUUUAAUUUAACUCGUCCGUUACCGACUAUCGAAUCGAUAAUUUAAUUAGAGCCUUAGAAGCGAUGUGAUACAUUAAAAAAAAAAAUUCAACUGUUUGAUGAACUAAACGGAAACAUUAAAAAAAAGGAAUCGAUUAAAUUAAAGAUGUUUACGUUUUGGAGAACACAGACGCUGUGCAAUUCUGGUCUUACCGUAGUCAAUCGGCAUUAUACUACGGGAAAAAAUGGAACCGUUCUUCUCGGUGGCGGAACAGGCUUUGUUGGAAAACAGUUAAAGAAAAUGCUCAUACAAAAUGACUACAAGGUCAAAGUGAUUUCCAGAAAAGGACAGGAUAUGACUUGGGACGAUUUGAAAAAAGACGGUUUACCGGACAACACGGUCGCCGUCGUCAACCUCGCCGGUGAACCAAUUAUGAACGCUUGGAAAAGAUGGAACGACAAAUUCAAAAAAUCCUUGUGGGACAGUAGAGUGGAAACCAACAGAUUGAUUGCUCGAGCCAUCGAAGACGCUCAGGUGAAGCCAAAAGCGUUUGUAGCGUUUUCGGGAGUCGGAAUAUACCCGCCCAGCAACGAGGCCGUCUACGAUGAAGAUUACAAGGUAAAAGACGACGACGAUAGUUUCUUCCAAAAAAUGGUGAUCGCCUUGGAAAACGCCACAAAGACUAGUACCGAAAUUCGUACGGUUUUAAUAAGAUCGGGAAUCGUUCUCGGAGCAAAGGGCGGUGUAGUACAAGCCUUGUAUCAAAUGUUUUGCUUCUAUUUCGGCAACGUCAUCAGCGGUGGCGACCAAUAUUUCCCUUGGAUUCACAUAAACGACGUGUGUCGGCUGACCAUUUUCGCUAUCGAACACAAACAAGUCGACGGCGUCCUAAACGGAGUCGCUCCGCAGACGAUCACCAAUCGGGAAUUCUCCGAGAGCUUGGCCAAAGCGGUGCACCGGCCGCUUUGGUUUAAAACUCCGGCCGCUAUGUACAAAUUGAUGUACGGAGAAGAACGAGCGGCGAUGCUUUAUACCGGCCAAAUCGUCAAACCUAAGAAAGUAUUAGCGUCGGGGUUCAAAUACGAGUACGACACCAUCGACAAAGCUUUGAACCAGACCGUGCAAGAAAUUCAACAUCCGGAUAGGAUAUAAUAAUAUUGAGAUGGAAAAGUCGAUUACUAGGAUUUAGUAUUAAUCACAUUGUGUACUCUUAUACAUCGUUUUAGUAAUAUUAUCAUGUUAAACGUAGUUAGUAUAAUAAUACGGUCGGCAGUUUUUCCUGCGUCAUCACAAUAUAUUUUAUGUGUUUGUAUAAAGUCAUAUAUUUUUAUUACAAUAAAUAACAUUUUUAUUUACA